AUGGCGAGCGCUGACACCGCCCACGUCCACAGCAGGAUGCAUCAUGACGACGACCACGCCAGCGACGACGUCGACUCGCGCUCCACCUCUCCGCCCAACGGCGGCACCUCGACCCCGCGACCCGAUCUCCUCGACAAGCGAUUGCCGGGCAUCGUGAACUCUUAUUUUGCGCAAGUAUGUGACACCCUACGUCUGCGGAGCAACAGCGCCGCCGUGACUGCAAACUCUGCUGCUGCUGGUGUUGGUGGUGGUGUUGGUGGUGGUGUUGCUGCUGCUGCCAGCCCCGCACCCGAACCCGACAUGAUCUCAUCCGAUGAGAAAGAGCCGUCCGUCGCACCCACCACCGAUUCAUCUCACGACCAAUCUGCACCAGCACAAACACAGGUACAGCAACAGCAACAGCAACAGCAACAUCUGCAGUUGCAGCAGCAGAACCAGCAGCACCAGCAGCACCAGCAGCACCAGCAGCACCAGCACAGCCCGACCCACAGUCCGGCAGUUGCAGCUCUCUCGCAGGCCUUGGCAGGAAGCGCGUCUCCGACCACCAUGCUGCCGACCGCACCCAACUCGCCGCCCAUGAGUGGCGCGUCCAGUGCGCAGCAGGUCGAGUCGCCGCCGCUGCCGCCGUCCGAGAAGAAGCAGAAGCAGAAGCAUGAGCAUGAGCACCAGCACCAUCACCAUCACCAGCACCAGCACCACCCCGACCUCCUCUCCCAUUCCACCACCGUCACCGAUCCCCGGCAGCAGGCUGCUACCUACCCUACCCCUCCUCUCUCCAACUCGUCUUCCUUCCUGGCCAUGAACGACGUCGAGGCCGGCUCCGAUGGUGCAUCUGCCACGCCCUUCUCUCGCAAGCGCUCGUGGGGCGAGAGGAAGAAGAGUCAGGGCCAUGCAAACGUGCCAUCCCAGCUUCGCCGCAACACGUUGUCCAGCGCUCUCUCCAACGUCGUCAUUACCGAGCCUGCGGUCGCUGCCCACAUCUCCAACCCUUCCUUUGAGGCUUCUCAGACCGCUCCCGCAAGCACUUCUGUCCUCGCGCCUUCCUCUUCUCCUCCUCGUUCGCAGGAAUGGGAAACCCAGCUGACUCAGGCUUCCGAUUCCCAGAACACCCCUCCGCAGACCCCUCGCUCCGGCUCGCACGCGAGCAGAUCGAAAGACGAUGACAUUCCACACACCGCCAAGUCGAGCCGAUCGGGCUCCGGCGGAUCACAGGCCGCGACCGUCGGGCAGCUGCGAGGACAGCUCGAGAUAUGCGUGGAAGAGGGUCGAGGUCUGAGACCUGCUGUGGAUCCGUACGUCGUGGCGAUAUUUCAGCUCAACGAGGAUAUCUCGGGAGGCCCAAAAGAGGAUGAGAUGGACACACAGCCGGACAAUGCCUCGCCAGAAGAGAACCUGGCAAAGGGUGUGGCAAUGAAGCGUUUGGGGAGCGGACAGGGCACGCCAAUGGCGAUUCCGGGCCUGCGGAGCCGGCAGACGAGCUCGACCAACAUUGCAGACUUGCGGAGAGGCUCGCAUCAGAAGAGCGGACACCAAGAGACGACAGACCCUGUCUGGCGACACAGGGCCACGUUCGAUGUGGUCGGAAGCGACAACGAGCUGGACAUAUCGGUCUACGAUCGGGCAAACAGUGAAUGCUUCAUCGGUCAUGUGAGACUGCCCAUCGAUCUCAAUGACUACGAGCACCAGCAUGAGGAGUGGUUCAAGCUGCAGCCGCGCGAGGGUAUCACGGAGACCGUGACUGGCGAGCUCCAUCUUCGGCUUGCUUUCCAUGCAGCUGGCAAGAAGACCUUCGGUCCGGACGAUUUUGAGAUCCUAAAGUUGAUUGGAAAGGGCACAUUUGGCCAAGUCUUCCAGGUGCGGAAGAAGGACACGAAGCGAAUCUACGCGAUGAAGGUCCUAUCGAAGAAGGUCAUUGUGCAGAAGAAGGAGAUCCAGCACACCAUUGGCGAACGAAACAUCCUCGUGCGGACGGCAACGACAGAGUCGCCUUUCAUUGUGGGGUUGAAGUUCUCUUUCCAGACGGCCGCAGACCUCUACCUCGUCACCGACUACAUGUCUGGUGGUGAGCUUUUCUGGCAUCUGCAGAAAGAAGGCCGGUUCGUCGAGGAGCGCGCCAAGUUCUACAUCGCAGAGCUCAUCCUGGCGCUGCGCCACCUGCAUCAGCACGACAUCGUAUACCGCGAUCUGAAGCCCGAGAACAUCUUACUCGACGCAAAUGGACACAUUGCACUCUGCGACUUUGGCCUCUCCAAGGCCAACCUGUCCAAGAACGACACGACCAACACCUUCUGUGGCACGACGGAAUACCUCGCCCCGGAAGUUCUGCUCGAUGAGCAAGGAUACACCAAGAUGGUCGACUUCUGGUCUCUUGGCGUCCUCGUCUUCGAGAUGUGCUGUGGUUGGUCGCCCUUCUACGCCGAGGACACGCAGCAGAUGUACAAGAACAUUGCGUUUGGCAAAGUACGCUUCCCUCGCGAUGCGCUCUCUGCCGAGGGUCGCAGCUUCGUCAAGGGACUCCUGAACAGGAAUCCUUCGCACCGUCUCGGCGCCAAGGCCGACGCUGAGGAGCUCAUGGCGCACCCGUUCUUCUCCGACGUCGACUGGAAUGCUCUCAGCGAGAAGAAGGUGGCUCCACCGUUCAAGCCGAAGUUGAAGGGCGAGCUGGAUACGAGCAAUUUCGACCCCGAGUUCACGAAUGCCCUCACGGCUGGCGCAGACUCGUCCUCGCUCAACGCGAGGGCCGCGGCACUUGCCAGUGGAAUCGGCACCGAUAGCACGCCCCUCAGCCCGACGAUGCAGAACCAGUUCAAGGGGUUCACAUUCGUGGAUGAGAGCACUCUCGAGCAGCAGUAUGCAGACCGCGACUUGGACAGCCCGGAGAUGGGUGGUAGCGCCUCGCGCACUUUCAGCAAUCGAGCCGGUGAUAGAAUGAGCGGGCUCGAGCCUACUGGUGCGACAAGCGCUGAUGGCGACUUCAACCAUGGCAUGCUCGACGAUAUCUGA